GGCGGAAGUAGGUACAGGGUGGAGUCCAACCCUGCGUCUCAAUCAGCUCUCUAGCUUUCUAGGUCGUGAAUCAGUAUAUCAUGUAAAUGAAUGUGGCUGAGUCCCUGAUCAGUGCCCUGACUAGUGAACUAGGGAGCUGAUUCAGACGCACACCAAGUGUGCGAUACACUGUAUCAGCAGUUCGUACAGUUGAUAAACCUGUUUUUCCGUUGGUUGAUCAAAAUCAGUCUGUAUAAAUGAAAGGAUUCGUUUUAUUAUCGGUCAUUUUUAGUGUCUUUUCCGCGGUGCACAUGACUCAAAUCUUCGUGUACGGGACACUAAAGAAAGGCCAGCCAAACUACUUCAGGAUGACGGACCCUGCCAACGGUCGGGCCGAGUUUGUAGCUCACGCUCGCACAGUGGAGCGAUACCCGCUCGUGAUCGCCACCAAAGACAACUUCCCCUUCCUGCUCAACGUCCCUGGGAAGGGUCAGCGCGUCCAGGGCGAGAUCUACAGCGUGGACCAGAAGAUGCUGGAGUUCCUGGAUGAGUUUGAAGAAUGUCCAAAGUUGUACCAGCGCACAACUGUCCAGCUGGAGGUGCAGGACGGGCUCGGUGAAGGGGAAAACACGCUGAAGUCUGGAAGUUUCGUCAAUGCCUCUGUGUACAGCACGACUACAUAUGAACCCGAGUGGCUCCAAAAACCAACAUAUGAAAGUUAUGAAGCUUACGGUGAUCACGGGCUGCACUAUGUGUGUCGUGAAGACAUAUGCUCCAAGUAACUACUGUAGAAACAUUUACCAGGGUUUUACCACACCUGCAGUGUCACAUGAAUUUAAUUGACCAUUCAGACAUUUUACAACAAAACUGUUUUAUUUCUGCAACAACAACAGCAAAAGAACAAAAAAUGUUUUCACUCAAACUGGUUUUGGUCAUCAUGUAUUCACAUUUCUCAGGGAAUCUACCAGUCACACAACAGAGUUUCACUUGGUGAUGUUGCCAUUUUGGUUCCAAAUAUUUUUAUAUUUAAAUAUUUAAUGAGAAAUAAUUGUAUACAGCUUUGGAGGGGGAAAAUAUCUUGAGGCAUCUUAGAUCAACUUCUGACAGUACUGUAUAUUAUCUGCUAUGUAAAAUAUUAUCAGAUGAUGUGUCAGAUAAUUUCUUUAGACAUUGUCAUUUAAAUCAUGUGCUUUACAUUUACAGUUAAAACCGUUACUGGUUUUAUUUAGUACUGGAAGCCCAUUUUUAAUUUAUUGGCACUUAGCAAGUGUUAUUUUUGGACCCGGGGUGUUAAUGUGGUCAGAUGGCAUUAUUAAUUUGUUGCUGUAUUAUAUAAAUAUGAUAGUCAGCCAGUACUGUGGUUUGUAUGCUACUGCAACACACAAAACAUUACCAUGUUUAUAGGGCACAUCUAUAUAUUCAUGUAUGUUUAUACUGCAUAUACUGCCGUUCAAAUGUUUGGGAUUGGUAAAAUUUUAAAAGAAGUCUCUUAGCUCACCAAGUCUGCAUUUUUUUGAUUAAGAUUACCAAAAAACAACAAAAACAAACCAGAAAAAAAAACAAAAAAACAGUAAUACUGUGAAAUAAUUACAAUUUAAAAUAACCAUUUUCUAUGUGAAUAUUUUUUAAAAUGUAAUUUAUUCUUGUGAUUUUCAGCAUGAUUUUGUCAGUCUUCAGUGUCAGUUUUCAGUGUCACAUGAUCCUUCAGAAAUCAUUCUAAUAUGCUGAUCUAACAUUUCUGAUUAUUAUCAGUGUUGAAAACUUGUGCUGCUUCAUAUAUUUUUUUUUUCCCUCAGGAUUCUUUAAUGAAUAGAAAGAUCAAAAGAACAGCAUUUUUUUUUUUUUUUUUAAAUAGAAUCUUUUGUAACGUGCUGUAGAUGUUUUCUAAAUUGCACUUUACAAUAAAAUCAAUAAAUUAUUUUAAGAUGUU